AAAAACUGAGAAAAAUAUUGAACAUUUAUGGGCUGAUUUUCUCGGGAAAAUAUAUAAAAAAAAAAACUGAUUUUCUCGAGGGAAUCUGAGAGCUUUUUCUUUCUGUCGGCUGGUUUCCCGGGAAAAUCUAAGAAUACCCUAGGUCAGAAGAAUACUGUUAUUCUUGUAAGAUCAUUUCCCUCACCUAACAGACCCUAGUGCUCUUUUAGGGCUUUUCAUGAAUUUUUGCUGCCUUUGACGAAGUGCAUGCACAGUUAGGGCUCAAUGGCGGACUCGAAGAAGCCCGAAAUGAACAGUCCAAAUCAAGACAACAGUGCGAAGAGGUCGUUGAAGCGAAAGAGAGCUUCAUUGAUCGAUUCAUUGAGUACCCAAGAGAAAGCAAAUCGAAUCGAUGCUUUACGCGAAGAGCUCAAUGGUUUGUUCAAGUAUUACAAGGAGGUUUUGGAUAAGAAGGUCAAGUUUGAUCUGGGUAAUUGUGGUUCAAGCAAUUCGGUGAUUGCGUGCAUGAUUGAAGAGAGCAAUCUUCCAUUUUCGAAGUUGGUUGAUGAAAUUUUUGAGAAAAUGAAGGUGAAUGAGAGAGAAAGUAGUUCUAGUGUUACUACUCUUGCUUCUGUGAAGAGCUCUGUGCUUUUUGUUGGGCAGAGAUGUUCAUACGGAUUGACCAAUCCGGAUGCUGAUGUGUUGGAAGAUCAGUCUGAAUCAUGCCUUUGGUGUUGGGAGACAAGAGACCUAAAAUUGAUGCCGAAAAUUAUGAAAAGUGCUGUGAAAAUUCGACGAACUUGUAGGAAGAAGAUCCAUGAGAGGCUUACUGCUGUUUCUGCAAUGAUAACUGCGUUAGAGAAGUCACAGAGCUCUCAUAACUACAGUUUAGCGCUGACUAAAGCAUCAGAAAAGCUUGCUAAAGUGUUAAGUGAGGCAGAUAUCCGAUUAUUAGCUGAAAGCAUGGAACAGAAAAAUGGUGCUGACAUGGCUGAAAAGGAAGUGAAACAAGAAGAGAAGCUGCUAAUUAAGCAAUUGGAGAAAAAUAAACGAGAAGUUGAGAAGGGGAAAAAAAGAAUGGAUCUCGAACAACAGAAGGAGAAGUGGCAAAGUGAAAAGGAGCUAAAGCGGUUACAAGACGAGGCAGAGAAAGAGGAAAAGCGCCGUGAGAAAGAAGAAUCUGAAAUGAGGAAACAUCUACGAAGGCAGCAAGAGGAAGUGGAGAAAGAUUUACGACGCCGGGAGAAGGAAGAAGCUGAAUUAAAAAAGCAACUUGCUUUGCAGAAGCAAGCGUCCAUCAUGGAGCGCUUUCUUAAAAGAAGCAAGAAUAAUUCAACUAGCCAAAAUGGUCAGUCCUCAUCCAAAGCCACAACUUCCAAUCCAUCCCCUAACAGGAGUGAAAAUAUGCCUGAAUCGAUUACGAUGUCAAUGGAUUAUGCGCUUGCACUAAAAAAUGAGAUUAAUACAGAGGAUAUCCACAAGUCACACUUGGUUACUUGGCGUCGCCUGGGUCAUUCGGUUCAUUCAAACAGAAAACAGCAUUGGGGCAUACGUCGAAAGCCUAGGACUGAAUUAGUCAAGGAACUUAAGCUUACUUCUGGUUCAGGAGCCACCCGUGAUGAUGAUUUAAGCAUCGAGAAGCUUGUUGAUGGAUGGGAUGAAACAAGCAUUGAUGGCAGGUCCUGUCAUAGAAAUGCUGAUUGUUCCCUUCCUAGUGGCCAGAAACACAAUAGGAGUAAGCAAUUAUUGCAGUUUGACAAGAACAAUAGACCUGCAUUUUAUGGCAUUUGGCCAAAGAAAAGUCAAGUUGUUGGACCACGGCAUCCUUUCGAGAAGGAUGCAGAGUUGGAUUAUGAUAUUGAUAGUGAUGAAGAAUGGGAAGAGGAGGAACCUGGUGAAAACCUAUCAGAUUGUGAAAUGGAUGAUGAUAAGGAAAGUUUAGAGGAAGGAUGUUCCAAAGCUGAUGAUGAAGAUGAAAGUGAAGAUGGCUUCUUCGUACCUGAUGGGUAUCUCUCAGAAAAUGAGGGAGUACAAGUUGAUAGAAUGGAAUCUGAUCGCUUAGUUGAGGAGGCCAGAAGUUCACAGAGUUGUAAGCAGGAGUUGGAGAGCGAGGAGUUUUGCAUGUUGCUUCGACAGCAGAAACAUUUACGCAAAUUGACUGAGCAUGCUCUUCGGAAGAACCAGCCCUUGAUAAUAUUGAAUCUAAUGCACGAAAAGGCCCCAUCUUCAACGGCUGAAGAUCUCACUGGUAGUCUGAAACUUGAGCAGACGUGUUUGCAAGCUCUGGGCAUGCGUGCUUUCCCUGGUGGCUCAUUUAUAGAGAUAUCGCCUGGUAGUAAUGUGCUUGAAGAGGAUCAAGAGGCCUGCCCAUCAAGUUGCAAGGUCAGUACCACACCGGUGGCAACCGCUACAGCUAUAAUGGUGUCAGAUUUGCCUCAAAUUGUAUCUGCCAUUCAAUCAUGCUCACAGGGCAUUAACAAGGUGGUGGAGUCCUUGCAACAUAAAUUCCCCACCAUCCCAAAGUCUCAGUUAAGGAAUAAAGUGCGUGAGAUAUCAGAUUUUGUGGAUAACCGUUGGCAGGUCAAGAAAGAUAUUCUGGACAAGCUUGGUUUAUCAAAUUCACCAGGGAAGGGUGGUGGGAGAACAAAGAGUAUAGCCACAUUUUUCUCAAAAAGGUGCCUGCCUCCUGCUGGCAAGACUAUCAAUCCCAUCGAAACCUCUCCCCAGACGCCUGCCACAGCCGUCCAACUGCAGCAGGGUUGUAUGAACACUAAGCAGUAGCUUCGUGGUUCAGCUGCACUCUUCGGUUUUCUUUUCUACCUAACGUCCCUAAUCCGUCUUUGCCACAUUUUUAUAUGACAUGUAUCUCCUCAUGUAAAGCUGAGUUGUGGUAAUCAAGUAAUAUAUGGUGUUGUAUGAUCUUUUGAAGACAUCUGAGGAGCUUUUGUGUGUCAUGGAACCAUCCUUGUACAAAGUUAAACGAAUGUGGGGAAGAGUGAAGUUCCGAGGGGAUUUUUGCAUUCCUA